AUGUGGAGGCAUUAUCCCCAACCUAAUAUUUCGAAUUCCCUCUCAAAAGAUCACCCUAGUUUCAAGAGUUCCAUUCACCAUCUCGCUCAGCAGCUUAAUAUAAGCAGCUCCAAUUUUAUCCCUAGCACCAUCGAAAAGGAUGACAAGCACGAACUCAACUACGCCCUAUCUCAAAUUUCCUCAUUAAAAACCAUCUUAAUAGAACUAGCUGAAUCUGUAGCAGAAGAAAUAGAAUUUGUAAAACAAGACUUCCGAGAUGAACUAAAAGAAUCACGUGACGAGCUUUUUCAUAUCCUAGAAGAAAGCUUUAAAAGCAAUAAAGAAGCUGAAGAAUCCCAUCAUCAGCUAAAUUCAGCAUUAACUCAGACGACAAAACAAGCAUUUCAACAAAUCCAUAUAAUGAAAACGAAACAAGAUGAAAUACUAAAUGAUAUGGACAGCUUAAAGCAAGGGUUUAUUGAUAUACAAAAUGACCAAAACGAUUUUUUUGCAAAUGCGCAAAAAUUAAUUGAGACAAAUUCUUUCCAAGUGCAAAACCAUAGUGAUAUGCUGAAAUCUAUUGAAAAAAUGAAAAAUUCGUAUGAAAUUGAGAAAGAGUAUGAAGAUAAUAAACAAAAAAUAGAGAGGAUUAAUUAUGAAAUCAAAGAAAUUCAAAAUGAAAUUUAUAAUUUGAAGAAAAAACCAGAAAAAGCAGAGAGUAUAGAUAAAUUAAAAGAGAUUAGAGAAGAAUUUUUGGCACUUAAAAAUGAUGUGGAGAAUAAAAUUGCUAAUAUGCAAAGAGAUAUUAUUAAAACUACAGAGGAUUUUAUGAAAGGGCUAAGAGAGAUAAGCCAAGAACCUUUGAAAAAUAGAAUUGAGUUUUUAGAAGAAAUGACGACCACCCAAAGAAGAGAGCUUUUUCUCACAAUUACAACAGCUGAACAAAAUUUUACGAAAAAACAUGAUAAAAUGGUAAAAGCUUUAUAUCAAAUCGCGAGGCAUAUUAACCUUCCUGAAACUACUUUAGUUAUUUAA